UACCGUAAGAAGCCCGUGCAGAUAGGCUAUAUUCCUGUAAGAACUGUCAACUGAACAGGUGGGACAACUGACUAUCCAGACCGUAACAUCUACGCACAUUUUACUUCAAUUGUGAGGUAUAUCUGCAUUUGGCUAUCAUACUCAUGUCCGCAGAGGAGAAUGAAUGCGUAUGGUCGAAAGAGCAAUCAAGACAGUGUGGUGGUGGUGGUGGUGUGAAGUCAUGGGAGCUGGAGUCUCUUCUUUCUGCCCGGACUCUGCACUUCGUGGAAUGUAUUGGGGAGCAGUACAUGUGCCCUGUCUGCAACAGUGUCGUGCUGAAUCCCCACCAAGCAGGGUGUGGACAUAUAUUCUGCUAUCAGUGCAUCCGUGUACUGUUAGACAGCAAAACGAGUCCAAAGUGUCCAUUAGACAACAUGCUUAUCAAGUCAGACGAGGUGUUUCAGGACAACUGCUGUCGAAGAGAACUGCUAAACCUGGAAGUGUACUGUACAAAUGCAUCAGCCUGCUCACACAAGACCAUUCUAAGCCGUUUGCAGGAACACCUGAAAUGUUGUGAAUAUGAGUCUGUACAGUGCUCAAACUAUGGCUGCACAGAAGUAAUGCAACGAAAAGACCUGAAGGAGCAUCAGAAGAGUGGCUGCGUGUUUCGUCUUGAGCUGUGCACUCACUGUAAAAAACCUUUCCCACUGGGCCAGCUGAAGAAACAUGAACAAGCCAUUUGUCCUGAGGGUGAAGUGGAGUGUCCCAACAAAUGUGUUCAAAGGAUAAAAAGGAAUAAACUCCAUGAGCAUGCUGACCAGUGUCCUGAAGAAGAGAUAGAUUGCUCUUACCGCAAAUAUGGCUGCAGCACCAGGGCCAAGAGAGCUCUUGUUCAAGUCCAUGAAAGUACUGAGUUUAAUCACCAUGUUCUGCUGGUUUUGGAAAGCAAUAGUAUGCUGGAGAAAAAGGUAGAAGAGCUACAGCAAGACCUGGUGCACAGACACAGUGUGCUGCAGAACAGCUGUCUGCUGGUCAACACGCUGGACAGAGAGGUCUCCAAGUGUGACCGCACCAUUUCUGCCCUCACGUGCUCUCUGGAGAAGCAGAGAGAAUGUGUGUCCAGCGUACAGCAGCAACUGCAGGCUCUAAGGUGUGUAUUGAGAACAGACUUUGGCCAAGAGCAGCUGCAGAGCCUGAAAGCCUCGCUGGACUCCCUCAGGCAGCGGGUCGAUGCAGCGGAGGUCCUCCGAGAACAUCUGGGUGAGAGGACAUGUGUUCUGGAGCAGACCUGCCAGCGCCACAGCCGUCUCCUGUCCAUCCAUGUGGAGCAGCUGCAGAACAACGAGGAGCGCUUUCGCCACCUAGAGUCCACCUCGUACGAUGGCAAGCUCAUCUGGAAGAUCCGGGAGUACCGACGCAGGAAAGAGUCUGGCAUCCCGCUCAGCGCACCUCCCUUCUACACCAGCCGCAGCGGCUACAAGCUGAGCGCGCGCGUGUACCUGGGGGGCGACGGGCCCGGCUGCGGGAGCCACCUGUCCCUGUACCUGAUGCUGAUGCGCGGGGACUUUGACUCCCUGCUGCCCUGGCCCUUCCACCAGCCCGUGGUGUUUUCAGUGCUGGAUCAGAGCGGAGCGCGGAGUCACAUCACUAUGGGCUUCACCCCGGACACUGACAAUGACAGCUUCCACCGGCCCCGCAGCGAUGCCAACAAGGCUGCCGGUUACCACCAGUUUGUCUCCCACACCAACUUGGAGGCGCCGAAGAAUGCCGUGUAUGUGCGCGACGACACCCUUUUUAUCAAGGUGCAGGUGGACACAGUGGGACUGGAAGACCUUUAGCAUACUCACAGCUGACCGACAGUUCAGUUAUGUGUCUGUGUUGUAGAUUAGUAGUAAUGCACGGGCUGGGGCCACUGUGGCGCAAGCGGCUUCAGCAUCCAUGCCAGGAGCCAUUGGGGACCCAGGUUUGAGUCUGGCCAGAGGUCAUUUCCUCACCCCACCCCGUCUCUCUCUCCCACUCCCCCAGCUCUCUGUCCCCCUUCACUGUCCUGUCUGCAUGAAGACAAGGCAAAUUGAGAAUUAUGUGUAUUCACAUUUUUCACCCAUUCAGUUUUCAUGAAGUUGUGAGUUAUAGAUAUCUUGUUAAUCUAACCUAAUCUAAGUUAUCGUGUUAAUAAUGAACUUAAAAGUCCCCCACAAUGUGAAUUUUCAACAGGCAGCCUAUAUGUUUUUUUCAAAGCUAAACUCAUGCAUCUUACAAAUACAUCUUUGAAUAUU